AUGUCUUUUCUAUUUGUGUCUAACCUACCAAAAGAAGAGUCCACUGAAUCCAUUCAGUCGUUUCUCGAGGAUUCGUUCCCUUUGAGCACGUCCAUAAGAAUACUGCGCGAUGGGCAGGGACACAACGGGCACGCGUACGUCCACUUUGCUCACGAGAAGGCAGCGCAGGCGGCUGCUCAGCUAUACACCGUUGCUUGCAAUGGGGGUUCGGGUAAUGAUCGCGUCAAGGCACUUAAAUACCGAGAUGGGGAUACGGAGCUGCGGCUACGCGUUUGCGAGGCCAGCGAGGGGUGGAAUAGUGAGCACCCUGGCGGAGCAGCGCGAUCUUCUCCCUCCCUUGAGCCCUUAUCUGCUCCCAACUUUCUUAUCGAAGCUCUCGAGGGGAUGCCUUUGCCGCCCCAUUGUGCGGAGCUUGUAUCGUACAAGUGUUGCCGCUAUAUUCUGGCUCCGCCUUGUGAUGAUGAGAAGAAUUCUGCAGAAGUAGAAAAUAGUCAAAGACCUUUGACAAUGCGUCGGAUUGCCACCCUGGAGGAGGAUUUAUUCCCUGCAAAGGUCUGUGUUGCUGUCGUGGGUGAUACAGAAAGCGAUAAGGUCGGCGAGGGCGGCCCCAGUGAUGCUUCGGUUGCACGUUGUGGCCCACCAUCGCUGACGGCGUUGCUCGGUCCGGCACGUGGGCUUAGGGAGCAUUUGCGACUUAGUGAGAGGUGGAACGUCGAAGAUGAUCGACCCCGCAAACGGGGUCGUGAAGCUGAUCGAGAGGUAGGGUUGAUCGUAAACGGAGGUGAGGGAUUUUCGAAGGGAGCUCGGUCUUUACCCCAGCAACACCUGGAAUCAGAUUUGGGGGUGAAGUGCAUGCAGGGCUGUAGUUGGUUAUCACCUUCCGAAGCACUUGACGAAUUGAGGUCGUUUUUUAGCGGUGAGGGACUUGUCGCAGUGAAGGAUAAAUUUGGAACCAUUGCAGUGAUGAACCUUCCGACCUAUGUGGCGUCUUUGGAGUAG